AUGCCAAGAGCACCUCUUCAGCAGAUUUCACUCAUAUUUUCCCCGUAUCAUGUCGGCUUCCGCGCCAGGGGACCAGGAGCAGGGCCUGGCUUUCUCAAGGCUCGUGGUCUAGCCAAGAGUCUUCAAGUGUUUGGUCUACCUGUCCAUGAGGUGGAGAUCGAGCCUGUAGAUGAAUUUGAGGGCGAGAUUGGCCGCAGUUUCGAGGUGAUUCGACGCACAGCGAAACUUGUGACACAAGCACGGCAGCAGAAUGCGUUCCCCAUUGUCCUCGCCGGGAAUUGCAGUUCUGCUGUUGGGGUCGCCGCCGGACUGCAUGCAUCUGGAGGAUUUGAAGACAAUCAGUUGGGUUGUGUGUGGUUCGAUGCCCAUGAUGACUUCAACACGCCAGACACGGUCUUGAGCGGCUAUUUUGACUCGAUGCCCAUCGCCAUGCUCGCAGGGCAGUGCUGGAAAGGAAUGUUGGAAACGGUCCCAGGACACCGUGCGAUCAGCUUGGACCGGCUUGUACACGUCGGAAUGAGAGAUGUGAACGACUUGGAGCGGACCAGAGUGGAAAAGGCUGGCUUCGACGUCAUCUGGGGCAGCACAGAGAGGCACAUCGACUUCAAGGCAGAACUCAGGACAGUGCUGCAACGAAAACAACUUCGUCGCACGAUGGUCCACUUUGACGUGGACUCUUUGGACAUCUCGAUCGGAAGAGCAAAUCGAUUCGCUGCCCCAGGUGGCUUACUGGAGACGGAUAUCGUCGGUUGCUUUGAAGAGAUUUCCAAAGCAGCCGAGCCAGUCUCCCUCACAGUCGCAUCAUUCGAUCCAUCGUACGAAGGGGCCCAAAAUCUUGCGUCGGUGGCCAUUGAGUCGAUCAAAACCUUCAUACAGUCUCUCGUGAGGUCUGGCGUGCUAGCCAAGCUGUGA